AUGUCUCUGGGCUGUUUGCGAAGCGGCCAUUCUCAUGAGGACAUAGACCAACAUUUUGGUCGCCUUUCCCAAUGGUUGAACCGAUGGAAGGUUUUGCAAACGCCCGACGACACGGUGGCUUGUAUCAGAGCCUUCCUUGACCAAGCCAAGUUCUUUGAGAAGGACAGGUAUGUUGUUGCUUUGAACCGGACUCGUGACUGGAAAGGCUUUCACACAGCUUCUGUCCCGGUAGCUGUACAGGGUAUUGCAGGCCCUGGUGCACCGCACUAUUUUCUGCUGCAGCGAAGAGCAACUUCUGGACUUUCCAGCGAUGAAAUUGACUGCAGCUAUUGGAAGAAUGCAGCUGAGCAUCCCGAUGAUGUAUUGCUCAGGACGAAGCGCUGGCUCCACCACGAGGAGUACAACUUCCAAAUGCUGUUUUAUCCGAAGGAAGUCGCAUUGCAGUUGCUUCCACUUGGGAUCCCUGCCGGUUUGGCAGAAAACAAGCCGUUGGCGCAAGACUUGAUUGACCACGUCAAGAAGUACAUACCGCUUUUACGCAAUCCAAUUUUUAAAUUGGAGAGCUGUGCAGAUUGGUUGGAAGGCUGGGUUCAGGGGACUCUCCCCGAUCUCCCUUUGUUGGACGUGAGCGCGUUGAAAGGCCCUGAGCAAAAACUGGCCAUUGUGAAGUCCUACACGACAAGGGCAAAGGUUCGGAUUGUGCACCGUGCUGCAGCCAGCGCGUGGAUGCAGGGUGUCCCCUGGAGCGAAGCUCUGGAGAUCGCCACGAAAGCUUUGAGAACUGCUGAUGGCACCCCUCGAAAAUUGGUUUUUGCCAAACGUGGCAAAGGUAAAGGUAGAGGAAAAGGUAGCGGCAAAGCCAAAGGCUAA